CGUGGGGACAGGCACAAAGUCUACACAUACGUCACUAGAUGGGGUGAUCAGUGGGCGUGGCCUCCAACAACGUAACUGGGCAAGUGCAAAACUCAAGGUCGUGAGAGGACGGAGUGGUCAUAGCUCGUACUGGUCCGUGACCAGCGUUAGGGACACCAUGGCCCGUCUGAUACACGUUCUGGCCCUCGCACUUUGCGUGGGAAUCUCCGUCAUCUUAGGAGAUCCCGUACCGGUCUUUCACGACUGUGGAUCCAAAGUGGCCAAAAUCGACUCUAUCAACAUCACACCAUGUGCAACUGAGCCAUGCCAGCUGGUGAAAGGACAAAACGUCUCCGUGGUUCUGGAGUUCACCACAAACAAGCAGAUAACGAAGGCUAGUGCGGUUGUGCACGCCAUCGUACUCGAUGUCAGGGUCCCACAUGAGAUCCCAAACCCCGAUGCAUGUAAGGAUUCGGGGCUGAAAUGUCCCAUAGCAGCCGGAGGAACUUACAACUAUACCUCCUCCCUCUUGGUGUCAAAGUCAUACCCGCCGAUCAAGUUCGUGGUAGAGUGGAAACUACAAGAUCAGGACGGAGAUGUCAUCUGGUGCUUCCAGGUCCCAGCUCAAGUUGAAGGGUAGCUGUCACGUGGGCUAUGAUACAAAAUAAGAACAAGAAUUCGGAGAUCUCAUACCUCCAUGAAAUAUAUGAGUCUUUGUAAAUGUUUUUUAUUUGU